AAAGACCGAAUUUACACAAGUAUGGCCCGUAACUUAAUGCUAUGGAAUAGCAUGCCUGGCGCCCACUUCAUCAUGCCAGAAUAUUCGGAUGCCGCCAUAACAUAUCCUUUUUAUUAUAGACAGCUUGGCCGUGAGCCGUCAUCCCAAUUCACAGCUAUAAUAUACGUUGUCACGCCUGUGACAUCUUCUUCUUCACCAUUGUUUCGACUGGUACGAAAUGUUGCCAAGUCUGCUUAUGUACAUAAGAUUUUAGUUAUCUGGCACUGUGAUGUUUCUCCCCCUCCUCCCCGCAAGUGGCCUUCAGAUCUUGCUGUCCCUAUUCUGGUCAAGACUAGAAAUAUCAAGUCCAUCAGUGCACGGUUCUUCCCCUACAGAGAUGUAGAAACAGAUGCUGUGUUCAGUUUGGAUGAAGAUGUACUUCUCAAUACAGAUGAGGUAAGUAGCAAGGGCGGUGGCAGAUGUUACAGUGGGGGAAGGACAGGUGGGCUUAGCUCCCCUCUCCAGAAAACGUCUCUUCUGGAACAUUCUACAUUUUACCAACACAAACUAGGUAUUGAGCAAAGAGAGAGACUUCACACUUUGGUGACUCAAGCAUAACUUUCCUAUCAUCUA